AUGAGGAAAUAUAACUACUCCGUCAAAGAGAUAGAACGUAUGAGAAACGACUAUGCUGACUUAAAGAAAGAAGUAGAGAAACCAGCAGAAGAUAAAAUGGACAUGUUGACAUUUCUGAACAAAAACUAU